AUGAAGAGAAUCUGCUUUUUCGUUACUCUUGAGUGUCACUGUUCCACUCCUUUUCCAUCCUGCGAGAGUCCGCGAGCGCAACGGAUUUCCUCUCUCGCCGUCCUAAAGAGCCUUUUGCUUUCUCAACGCGCGGCAGUCAGUUUCUUUUCCUCUGACUGCUCAUAUACGCACAUCGAGGAGAGAGGCACCCCGGUGGUUUCCCUGGUUUUCAGGUGCAAACAAGCUCACCAGAUCACUUUUUUUCGUUGGUUUCAGUUCCCCUCUGCCCGGUCGGCGCGUGGAGUUCGACUCUUUUCUGCAUCCCCCCGAUUUUGUGCAGCUCUCAAGUUUCUUCUGGAACGCGGCGUCGGCGAGAAACAAACUUUCGCCGUUUUCUGA